GGUGGGAUAAUUUUUUUACUUUUUUUUCAUAGCUUCCGUAUGAGGUUUUUUCUAAUAUCUAUUAAUUUUUAUAUCACAACUUCUCAAACCAACUAUAUCAGCUAGUAAUUCUACCGUCAAAGGGAAUCCAGGAAACCUAACCGAGGAAUCAAGAAGAAGAAGCCGUCAAUCCACCGAUGUUGUUUACAAAUGAUGGAGGCUCCAAAGUUUAAAUGCCGAAGGGACCAGAGGCCGCUGAAUAUCGGCGUGGAAAUCGACAAUGGCGUGACCACGUCUUCGUGUUACGUGAUGUUGGAAAAUUUACUGAAGUACGUGUUGUAUCAACGCUACCAGAUCCCCAUGGCUUACGAAAUGCUGCUGAAAACUGCGGCCAAAUUGGAGGGCGGCUGUGGGGACCAGACCUUGCCUGAAGGUCCCGUUGGGGAAGGCGAAGCCAAAGAGGGUAAUAAUUCAAAGGCAGAAGUUUUACAGCAAAAGAAAGAAAGGAAAACGAAACUAUGGUUAUUGAAAGCUAAGAAAUUUAUUGAAGACUUCAGACAAGUGACUAAGACACUGCAAGAACAGUUGGAAUCUGGAGAUAUAUCAGUCGUUAAUUUUGUAUUGGGAGUGUCUGUUGCAUCAGGGCAUGAAUUAUAUUCUGUCAUUCUUCCCCGUAAUAUUAGAGUAGCGCAGAGUGACAAGUCUACUGAACGCCACAUUGCAAUGCAGUUAUUUCGUGCAUUUUCCUCUCAUGAAAACAUCCUAAAGCAUAUGGAUCGGCCAUGUGGCGUCAAGAAGAUGUGGGUGAUGUUUCAGAAAAGUCAAAAAGUUCCUCCAUCAGGUGAUAAUUGGUUUUCCAAUACAAGUCCCAGUUCACCAGUAGACGAUCAUACUAGCAGUAUGUUCGUGCCACUCCCCCAUUUCCAGCCAUGUCAUCGUACAAAGGUAGUUCACAUCAAUAUUCAUACUCCACCUGUUGAGUUGUCUAUGGAACUCACACCAAGCGUAGGUAAAGGGCUUAUUAACUAUGUAAGCACACCUUUUAUGAAGGCUCAGACGAAGCAAUCAUUACGAUUUAACAUUCCCACAGUCACUCCUAAAUCAUGCGCCAACAGUAGUCAUUAUGCAGUCUUACAUUGUACCUGCUAUUCUCCAGAAAUGAGUGAAGAAUUAUUCCAUAGUGUGUGCAAAAUGUGUGGUUUAAAAGGGCAAGGAAAACCAGUCCAUAGUAAUGAUGAGAGUUAUGCAAACUCUCUGCCAGUUGCUUCUCACACACCAAAUGUAAAAACACCAAAUGUAAAAGUGCUCCCUUCAAAGAAAUUUCCUGUAUCCAUGUUAGAAACUCCGACAGUGUCCUCAGUUUUAAGGGUGAAUCAUUUUAAUGUACAGAACUCCCCUAGUAGAUUUCUCGUUUCUAAGAUUGAUCAGUUCAGUCUGUGUGAAAAUGAUACAGACAAUGCUGAUGUGGAUAAUUUGAAUAUUAACAACACAGACGGCAAGGUGUGGUACCUUAUUGAUCAGAGCAUCACAGGCUUUAAGGAUACACUUUGGAAGAAAUAUAAGAUGUGACCUUUGUUAGUCUUUUUCUGUUACGUUUUAAUUGUGUUUUUAUAUCGUUCUGUAACAUGAUGUUUUGAUUGUGAAUAUUGCUAAUUCUUUUGGUGUCCCCUCUGCCCACGAGGGUGUACGUAUAUUUAUCAAUACAUGAAUGUUUGCUCUCUUUGUGUUAUAGAUGCGACCAGGAUUUUGUUCCAUAUUCGUGCUAGAAUAUCUAUAGCACAAUUUGAAUAUAAGAUGAAACAUUUUUAUAUGAAAUUUUAAAUGUUAGUUUACAAAAUCCCAAGAAAGUGUUUCCUUGAAGAAGAACAAUAGCCUAUUAAUAAUCUAGGCAGAGAAGUAGCUCCCCAGAUAUUCACAGAAAACCGCCUGGACAAUUUAAAAAUCAUUGUAAGAUAAUCAAUGUCCAGUUUGAUAAGCCAAGUCAGAAACAGCAGCAGUUCGCUCAAACAAAGCAUCUUAAGCAGUGAGGCAAGAAGAUCUAAAUUGUGGGAAAGCUAAGAAAAUUAGGCAUUUGUUCCCUAUGACUUAAUCUCUGUUUUUGCAAAGUGUUAUCUGCAGAAUCUGUCAUUAUUAUUAUAUUGCUGCAAUUAUUGUUAUUACUGGUAUUUUCCUUUUUUCAUUAUUAUUGCGAAUAUUAUCAGUGAAGAGUUUUACUACAUUCAGUUAUCGUAUUUAGCGUUGUGAACCUGACAACUGUAACCACCUAAGGUCCCCAUAGUGCGUUACUUUUCUAAGACCGCUGUGGUGUGGCUUUUACAGAUAUCAU